AUGAAGUUCACUCUCGCUAUCGCUGUUGUUGCCUCCUUCCUUGGAGCCCAAGCCGUCCCGCACCCGCAAAUUACUGCGGCGCCCGAGCCAUAUAGGUGCCCAAUUAAGGAAUGCGGUAUCGCUACCACCACCGUUCCACCUCAAGUCUGUCCGGCAGUCAUCUGCCCAGCACCUCCAGCUUGCCCGCUUAUUGCUCGCGUCACACAAGUUCCAUGCUGUUGCAAGACUCAGAAACUCAAGACUACAACUGUCACUGCUCCUUGCUGCACCACUAAAUGCAUUGUUCCAACUUACACUGAUUACACUGGGUGCCCGACACCAACUCCCACAAAGGUAAAGUCUUUCCCUUGA